AGGACACCCCAGUGCCCCACUGAGCAUCAUCCAUCUGUAGUUUGGGAGUCUCGAUCAGUCCCGUACAACCCACGACAGUCAUGGCACCCAAAAAGGCCAAGAAGAGGGCAGUAGAAGGAGCCAACUCCAAUGUCUUUUCCAUGUUUGAGCAGGCCCAGAUCCAGGAGUUUAAGGAAGCUUUCACCAUCAUGGACCAGAACAGAGACGGAUUCAUUGACAAGAAUGACUUGCGGGACACCUUCGCUGCUCUGGGCCGCUUGAAUGUGAAGCAGGAGGAGAUUGAUGAGAUGCUGAAGGAGGCGCCAGGACCUAUCAACUUCACUGUGUUUCUGACCAUGUUUGGAGAGAAGCUCAAAGGUGCUGACCCUGAGGAGACCAUCCUCAAUGCCUUCAAAGUGUUUGACCCUGAAGGAAAGGGCAUCCUGAAGAAGGAGUUUGUCACUGAGAUGCUCACCACCCAGGCUGACAGGUUCUCCCCAGAGGAGAUGGAGCAGAUGUUCACCGCCUUUCCCCCAGAUGUGUCCGGUAACCUGGACUACAAGAACCUGGUCUACAUCAUCACACACGGGGAGGAGAAGGACCAAGAGUGAGCCUCUACUGGCCUGUCUCUACAGCUCCGUCUCAGUCUUUUUUCUCUCAAAGAGUCCACAAGAAUCCACAAGAGCAAAGAAUCCUUACAAAUGUGUCUGGCAGCCCACUGUAUACACUUGUUCAAUAAAUCAACCUUGCACUUUUUUG